AGUCCCGUCCGUUGCAGAAAUGGCGGGCAACGCCGGAGAGUGGUGUCUGAUGGAGAGCGACCCCGGGGUCUUCACAGAGCUCAUCAAGGGCUUCGGGUGUAAAGGAGUUCAGGUAGAAGAAAUCUGGAGCUUAGAACCGGAACAUUUUGAUAAGUUGAAACCAGUUCAUGGCCUAAUUUUCCUAUUCAAAUGGCAGCCAGGAGAAGAACCAGCAGGAUCCAUUGUCCAAGAUUCAAGACUUGAGAAAAUCUUCUUUGCAAAACAGGUUAUCAAUAAUGCUUGUGCUACUCAAGCCAUAAUCAGCGUAUUACUGAACUGUAACCAUUCUGAUAUAGAGCUGGGAGAGACUCUAGGAGAAUUUAAAGAAUUCUCACAAAGUUUUGAUGCUGCUAUGAAAGGCUUGGCCCUAAGCAACUCUGAAGUCAUUCGACAAGUUCACAAUGGCUUUGCCAGGCAGCAGAUGUUUGAGUUUGAUGCGAAGACCGCAGGAAAGGAAGAAGAUGCGUUCCAUUUUGUCAGUUACUUUCCCGUCAAUGGAAGGUUGUAUGAACAUGAUGGAUUAAGGGAAGGACCAAUAGACUUGGGAACAUGCAAUCAAGAUGACUGGGUUAGUGCAGUGCGACCAGUCAUAGAGAAACGAAUACAGAAGUACAGUGAAGGAGAGAUACGGUUUAACCUUAUGGCAAUUGUGUCAGACAGAAAGAUGGUAUAUGAAAAAAAGAUUACAGAAUUACAGAGACAGCUGACAGAGGAAGAACCAAUGGAUACAGAUCAGAGCAGCAGUCUCAUAAAUUCCAUACAAUCAGAAGUGGCGAAAUAUCAGAUGCUGAUUGAAGAAGAAAAUCAGAAAUUAAAACGAUAUAAGAUUGAGAACAUCCGAAGAAAGCACAACUAUUUGCCCUUUAUUAUGGAACUAUUAAAGACGUUGGCAGAACACCAGCAAUUAAUACCACUAGUAGAAAAGGCUAAAGAAAAGCAAAAUGCCAAGAAAGCUCAAGAAGCCAAGUGAAACCUUCCUCCUAUCAAAGUUGUGACCAUUUGCUGCUGAUAAUUCUGUUUUAAGAAGUGGAACUCCGACCUAUAGCCCAGUAGGCUUUUGUCAGAUACUGUUAAUGGGUGCAAAGCACUUUCCUAUUUGUGAUUACACGUCUCAUGUACAAAUCAUUUAAAUGUUUCCCAUUUGCCGUUUGCAUGCAUUAUACCCCCAUUUUUAAAUACAAAUGAAGUUUUAUUUUUAAUCUGUUACUUCCUCUCCCACUUACUAAUUGUUCAAAGUGCUGCCAUUAUUUUAUGAUCCAGCUUCCAAACAAAUUCCAUCCCCCCCUCCCUGUUUCGUAUGUCGCAUUCAAUAAUUGACUGAGUGCAUGACAGGGUAAUAAAUGC